AUUGUAAUAAAUUCCAUCUGUACUAUUAACUGUAAUUUCGAAAGGGAACAGCUGACAAAACUUGGGGCAUUUUCAAAAGUAGAUUUGCAAGUAUUCUGAAAUGAGACUUAUUUGUAUUAUUUGUAUAAGAAUUUUAAGCGACAUAUUUGUCACUUGUAUAUAAUAGAACAGAAUGAAAUCAUCAGCGAAAAAAGAGUCAUACUCUUCAAGAACCCCCAUGGAACAGGACAAAAAGGGACAACACAAAAAGGACACAAGUGGUGUAGGAAAAUCAAAUAUAAGAAGAGAAUUAUUAUCCCAACAUGGUUUAAAGCAGUUGCAAACCGGGCAUAACAAAAACACAAAACAGGAUGUUCAAUCUACUUCGCAGCAAAAAAGAAGUGAAAGUGAAAAGUCAUUAACAAAAAGAAAAACAAGUUUAGGAAAGAAAAGGCCUAAAGCAAAUCCAUUUUAUCAGCAAUCACUACAUACUUGGCAAUUGUGGCUUACAGCCGAAUCAACACUCAAAAUAUUUUUUAUAGUUGGUAUUGUAUUAAUACCAAUUGGCAUGAUUUGUAUUUAUUUCUCAGAAAUGGUUCAAGAAAUAGUAAUCGACUACACAAACUGCCAAAGUUCUGCUAAUACUAAAUGCAUAGAUGAUAUAAAGAGUGGUAAUGCAACCUGCAAUUGUAAAAUGAAUUUUUCUCUGAAGGAGGAUAUAGGAGGAAAAAUUUUCAUGUAUUAUUCGUUGCAUCAUUUUUUUCAAAAUCAUAGGAAGUAUGUCAAAUCAAGAGAUGAUAAACAGUUAGUAGGAAAAUUGAGUAAAGUUCCUUCAAGCGAUUGUGAACCGUUUAAAUUUUCAAAUUCAAACAAACCUAUUCUUCCUUGUGGGGCGAUUGCAAAUUCUUUAUUUAAUGACACAAUAAAACUUUUUAAUGAGACUCAGGAAAUCAAUCUUGAAAAGAAAGGAAGAGUUUGGGAUUGGGAUAAAAAAACCAAAUUUAAAAACCCUGAUAAUAAUUCAUUAAAAGGGUUAGAAUUUGACAAACCGAUUUUUUGGCAAAAGAGUAUUUGGGAGCUAGAUCCAGAUGACCCACAAAAUAAUGGAUUGGAAAAUGAAGAUUUAAUAGUAUGGAUGAGGACAUCUGCUCUGCCCAAUUUUCGUAAGCUUUACAGAAUAAUUAAAGGUCUCAAAAAAGGCGAUUAUGAACUGCAAAUAGAAUACAACUUUGCCGUUCAUCAUAAGGAUUUUCGUAAAAGAGUGAUCUUUUCUACCAUGUCACUCCUUGGAGGAAAAAAUCCAUUCCUUGGUAUUUAUUUUGUUUUAACUGGACUGGCGUGUGUACUAUUUGGCGCUUUCUGUUUAUAUAUUCAUGUUAACUAUGGAAAAAGGCCUUAUAAAGGAUCACUGUUAUAAAAAUAAUGUCAAAUUGAAUAUCCCACUUUAUUUGUACCUGCAAAAAUAAUUGAAAAUAGCGGUAAGUAUAAUAAUAUAUAACAGAAUUUUCACAAAAUUUGUGUUUU